AUAUAUUGUUUCAAAAUUCUUUGUGGAUACAAUUGAGUAAAAAUAUACAUAGUGUCUAACAACAAAUAACUUUCGUAUAUGUUUCGGAUAUAAAUUUUGACGCAAAUUUUAUGUUUAUUCUGACUUAUUAGUGCUCAAUUGUAUUGUGUACAAAAUUUAAGAAAUGGUUACUCGCGAACAAGUACUCAAGGUGCUUUUCUUGUUUUUCUUAGCAAAUUUUAGUUUUGCUAUUAUUUUCCUACCGCUUCAUUAUGUGAAUCUGAGCCAAAGCGAGGAAGAAAAACUAUUUGACUAUAGCCGCUUACGCGAGACCCUGGUAGCACAUGAUAAAUCACAUUAUGUGGGCAGUCAAUUUCCAUUGAAUUGUAAUGAAAAACUAGUGCUGAAACAUCUUAUGAUAGAAAAGUAUGAAGAUGUGGAUCAUUACCAAUUUGAUCCAUCAGAGAACUUUUUAAAUUCAUCAAAAAGGAUCAGCAAUAGUGCUUUGUAUAACAUUGUACGCAGAAUGCCAAAAGGAGGACUAUUACAUGUUCAUGAUUUAACCAUUUGCAAAGUUGAUACUCUUCUUGCUUUAAGCUAUCGUGACUAUUUAUGGACCUGCUCUGAUGAAAAUGGGGAUUUCAAAAAACUGAGAUUCUCAAAAACCAUUCCCAAUAAUCAAACAAACUGUGUUUGGUUGUUGUUGCAAAAUUUGCGUCGAGUCAAUGGUAAAGGCGUUGUGGAUCAAAAAUUAAAAGAAUCAUUUCUUUUAAACGCCACAAAAGAUGUGAGCUGGAGUAGCAUUCGUAAUACUAUCAGUUUUAUAAGUGGAAUGGUUACAUAUAAACAAGUUUAUGCUCAAUAUCACAUGAGAGCACUUGAAGAAUUGAGAAGUGAUGGAGUUUUCUAUGUGGAAUUAAGAUCGGAACUACCGCUAUUGUAUAAUUUAGAUGGAGUCAGUGGAACCAUUUAUGAUACUGCAGCUAUACUAGCAGAUGUGGUUACUGAAUUCAAGCAAUGGUUUCCAGAUUUCUUCGGUGUAAAAUUAAUAUAUGCACCCAAUCGCAACGUAAAUGACACAACAAUCGAUAGUUAUUUUGAACACGCAAUCAAACUACAGGAACUCCAUCCAAACUUUUUUAUUGGCAUCGAUUUGGUUAGUCAAGAUUCUGCAGGAAGAACAAUUAAGGAACUCAUACCAAAAUUGCUACCUUUUAAGCACCUUUUGAAAUUCUAUAUGCAUGUCGCAGAAACAAAUUGGAUCGGUAGCGAUUAUGAUGAAGACUUAUACGACAUCCUUUUGAUGGAAAAUCAACGCAUUGUGAAUAGUUUUUCACUAAUAAAUCACCCGCAAGUAAUGCAAAAUGUGAAGUUAAAUGAAAUUCCUGUGGAAGUUUGCCCAAUAUCAAAUCAAAUGCUUAAACUAGUGACUAAUUUUCGCAAUCAUCCACUCAGUCAU